UUUAGCUGACUUGACUGUCUAUUUAAUCUGUUUUAUGAAGUUUAUGGGGUUUUGUAUCUUUAUGUGGGUGUUUUCUGUUUUCUGGUGUAGAUCUAUAAAAAAGAAUGAACUAAUUUGUAGAAUUGAAAAUUCCAACAGCCCUGGGUACAUCCAACGCAUCAUAGAAAAAAAAGGAGGAUCCUGCCUUCAUUUGGUGUCACCUGACACAUAAAGACCAAUUUUCUUUGGCCACUGGCUUCCGUCAAUCUUGAACCCACCAUCUACACUUAUAGACAAUUAUGUGCUAGAGGGAGCUGCGAUGGACUCGCCGUUAAAGGUUGGAGAAAUUGGAGAGUUCUUAAGUAAUUACUUUAGCUAUCUUAAAAGUUAAAUUGUUUGCUAGAAAACAACAUCAAACAACCAAAUAACAUCAUAUUUGUUAAUUGGACGUUUGGAGAAACAACACUGUGGAGUUGUUGUCCUGGUCGAACAGGAAGUGUAACUGCUCGCAGUAGUUUUGGCACGGGGAGGGGACGAGGGAACAGGGCAAUGGCUACACUCGGUAACUCGGGGUCCGCAACCAGUCCUAUGGUAAUCCUGGCGCCCAAAACGAAGACAAAAAAGAAACACUUCGUGCAGCAGAAGGUGAAAGUGUUUCGAGCCAGUGACCCUGUCCUGAGCGUCUUCAUGUGGGGUGUCAAUCACUCGAUAAAUGAUCUCAACCAGGUGCCUGUGCCAGUCAUGUUGCUACCGGAUGACUUCAAAGCCAAUACCAAGAUCAAAGUCAACAAUCACCUGUUCAACAAGGAAAACCUACCAGGACAUUUUAAGUUCAAAGAAUACUGCCCACAAGUUUUCCGAAAUCUAAGGGAACGGUUUGGUAUUGAAGAUCUGGACUACCAGGUCUCAUUGACACGUAGCCCUCCAUUGAGAAGUAUUGAUGAUCAAGGGGAGGGUUUGCUCCUCAACUCCUAUGAUCGUACAUUGCUUAUCAAGCAAAUUUCCAGUGAGGAUGUUGCAGAUAUGCACAGCAUUCUGUCAGAAUAUCACCAGCACAUAGUAAAGUGUCAUGGCAGCACACUGUUGCCACAGUUUCUUGGUAUGUAUCGAGUGAGCGUGGAAAGUGAGGAAGCCUAUCUAAUGGUCAUGAGAAACAUGUUCAGCCACAGACUGGUAGUGCACAGGAAGUACGAUCUAAAGGGCUCUCUGGUGGAUCGUGAAGCAAGUGACAAAGAAAGGGAAAAAGAGCUUCCUACCUUUAAGGAUAUGGAUUUCAGAAACAACAUGCAGAAAGUGUAUGUAACUGAGGAGCAGAAGGAGAAGUUUAUGGAGAAACUCAACAGAGAUGUGGAGUUUUUAGUUAAAUUGAAGAUCAUGGACUACAGCCUACUGCUUGGUAUCCAUGAUGUGGGCCGUGCAGAGCGGGAGGAGGAGGAGGGUGAGGAGGUGUCCAAUGAAGAAGAAGCAGAGUCUGAGAAUGGCAUGGCGCAGUGUUCUACAGUGGGCUCUUAUGGCACUUCUCCCGAAGGAAUUGCCGGAUACAUGUCAUCCUGCAAAGCUCUAGGUUCUGGGGAGUUUGAUCCCUACGUGGAUGUGUAUGCAGUGAAGUGCUGCUCAGGAGCCCCUCAGAGGGAGGUGUACUUCAUGGGCUUGAUAGAUGUUCUUACGCAAUAUGACACCAAGAAGAAGGCCGCUCAUGCAGCAAAAACUGUCAAACAUGGGGCUGGUGCUGAAAUAUCCACAGUCCACCCUGAGCAGUAUGCCAAACGAUUUCGGGACUUCAUCUCAAACAUUUUCGCAUAAUAAACAGUGAACAUGCUAUAGUCAUUCCAACUUAGAUCUGAAGUAUUGACUGUUAACCAGUAUGCAGGGGCGAAACAUUGAAAUGUGUUAGUCUGACAAAAAUUUGUAGCAAUAAAAUUUAAUACUUUUGAUGCAUAUAUUUAUUAUUAAGCUUUAAGAGAUUUUCUGUAUAUGUUUAAACUAAGAUGGGCAAAUCCAGAGCAACAGUGAAUUGUUAACAGCUGUCGAUUCAGUGUUGGGUGUUAAAUUGCAUAAGAGGAAGAUGAGUUUUUAUAUUUUCUUUCCAUUUCGUCUUUGUUUCCAAGCUUAAACUUAACUUUUCCAAGUUGUUAAAAGCUUUGCCAUCUUGCACAAGUUUGAUAAAAACAAAUAUGAAUCAUAUUUCUGCACUGUCGAUAUCUUUUGCUUAUCUUGACAGAAAUUGGCUGCUUUCUGAAGGAAACAAGUGUUUGCACAUGUAACAUCACAAAGACACCUGCCUGUCUACUGAAAAGUUUGUUGAAUAUUGAUAUUAGGCUAAUCAACAUAAUAAAAUGCAUAUGGAAUGAGUACAUUGUUUCUGUAUUAAUAGUAGGAAAGUAAAAGUAGAGAAAACCUUACAAAUACAAACCACACAUUGUUAUAUUAAAGAACAACCAUAGUGAUAAAAAUGUCCUUCUUCCAGACUAUUGAACGCAAAAAAAACUCAAACCUCCCUUUUUCAUUCUCUUUUAUUUAUUUAGCUUAAUGUUUUC